AAACAAGCAAACAAACACUCGAGGUGCGCCACUAAAGCUUUCGGUUCUUGACGGAAGUUGAACUGGACUUGGUUAGUUUGUGCCCCGUUAUGCAGAAGUGUCAUGACGUCACGGGCAGCACAUCGAUGUAAUGUGUCAGUUUAGUGGCGCAUUUUUAUUUGUUUUGUUGUGUGUUCACGAUAAGGUGUGUUUUCAGACUGUCAUGGGUCAAACGGUAUUGCUAGUUAAUUCUUUAGCUGCCUGUGUUUGAUCUCAGCUGUCUGUCAGUUUGGCAACGAUAAGUUUCCACAUAAUAAAGUAACGUUAGUUCUUUUCAGUCAUGCAACAUGUUGCUUAAGCUGUGGCACAACAGGACAGACAGUUAUGGGUCAUGUGAGUAGGUCAUCUUCUAAUGCAUCAUCAUGACAAGAUCAUGAAGCUGAAGUAGAAAGUAAAAGUGUUUUGUCAUGCAUCGUGGGUGACAGGUGGAUUACGGUUUCUAGAAGAAAGCUCUGCUCGAAUAUGUUUUGCAUCUCACAUUUAGGAAUUUCUCACUGAUGAGUGUUUUUUUUUUUUCUUUAAUUAGACACAUAAUGUGGGAGUUCAGAGGGCAGCCACACUGCAAAACAUGAUAAUUUUAUUUAAUACUUUUGUCUUUUGUUUUUUCAGAGUAUCUAAACAUUCCUAAAUCAAUAUGCAUUUCCGUGAGAAGCACACUUUCAUUUUCGUUUUCUGAAAAUAGUGUCACAACUGAGUUUGAUUAAACGAGAAAAUACCUGCAGCUAGUGGCUACAUUUUGAUCCUUAAAAGGUUUAUCAUCAGUACUGUCGCCAGUAAUCCACCAGGAACUAUAGUAAAACAUUUUAAGGGACAGCAAAAGUAAAAUUGUACAGUUUGUUCCUGUUUGUUGUCCUGAUGGCCUCCACGUGGGGGCACCUCUCCAUGAGGGUGGAUAAUGGCUCUGGCCCUGUGGACAACAGCAGCUGUUUCAGUGCCACACAGAGCACCGUGCUGAAGGGAGUGUAUUUCGGAGGAGUGCCCAUCGUUCUGCUGAUGAACUUUGUAAUCUUCGUGGUGCUGCUAAUAGUCUUCACUCUGAUCAGAAGGAGACUGUGGGAUUAUGGGAGACUCGCUCUUAUCGCAGAGACUGAAGGGUUCAGAGAUGCUAAUAAACAGCGUAACACUAGAUUGAGGUCAUCCAUGUCCGCUGAGGAGCCUGAGUAUGAGAAGGGUUGCUGCUCUUGGCUCACCUUUAUCGUCAAGUUGGAUGAGACUUUGGUCCAAGAGAGAUGUGGGGUGGAUGCAGUACAUUAUCUGUCAUUUCAGAAGCACCUGGUCAUCCUGCUCUUGCUCAUCUGUGUGCUGUCUGUCACUAUCAUCCUACCAGUCAAUCUAUCUGGCGACCUGCUGGGCAAUGAUCCCUACAGUUUCGGGAGAACCACCAUAGCCAAUCUUAAGCAGGGUGAUUUGCUGCUUUGGCUGCACACUGUAUUUGCAGUUCUGUAUCUCAUGAUUACAGUGGCCCUGCUGAGACGACACACCUCUAAAUUGAAGGGAACCAAGAGAGAGAUAGCCAGAAACACCCUGUUUGUGAGGGAUGUACCCACUGCGGCCAGUAAUGAGACUAUAAAAGUUCACUUUACCGAGGCGUACCCCACCUGUCAAGUGACUGAUGUUAACUUGUGUUAUGAUGUUGCCAAACUGAUUGACCUGGACAGAAACAGAAUACGGGCAGAAAAAAAUCUGCGACAUUACAAUAAGAUACUUGAGCACCAGGGACGACGUGAGGUCAUCAACCCGCGCCCGUGCAGCCACCUGUGCUGCUGCUGCAGUCACUGUAAGGGCUGUGAAGGGGUUGAUGCUAUAGAGUACUACCGCUCACAGGAGGCUGCUCUGCGUGAGGAGGAAAAUAAACAGAAGGAGAAUAAAGAACUGCAUCCUCUGGGCAUGGCAUUUGUCACACUGCAAAAUGAGUGCAUGGCCACUUAUAUUCUGAAAGAUUUCAAUGCUCUGAAGUGUGGAGGCGGGGCAAGGGGUGUGGUUGGAGAACAAAUGGGCGGGGGAAUUGGGUGUGGGUGUGGCCGGGAGCCUCAGCCAUCCUCUAAGAGCGCAGAACUGAGGGUGAACAAAUGGAAAGUGAAUUACGCUCCUCACCCACAUAAUAUCUACUGGGAGAAUUUGUCAGUACAUGGGUGGCGUUGGUGGCUACGCUUUCUGCUGCUGAAUACGGCACUCUUCUUCCUCCUCUUCUUCCUCACAACACCCUCCAUCAUCAUCAGCACCAUUGACAAGUUUAAUGUCACCAAGCCCAUUAACUAUCUGAACAGUGCCGUUAUCAGCCAGUUCUUCCCCACUCUUCUGCUGUGGACCUUCUCGGCCCUGUUGCCCACCGUAGUGUAUUACUCUACACUGGGAGAAGCCCACUGGACCAGGUCCAGUGAAAAUAUGAGCAUGAUGUACAAGCUCUACACCUUCCUGAUCUUCAUGGUGUUGAUUUUGCCCUCCCUGGGCCUCACCAGUCUAGACGUGUUUUUCCGCUGGUUGUUUGAUAAACAGUCUGUGAGGCAGCUGAGGUUUGAGUGUGUGUUUUUACCUGAUCAGGGGGCGUUCUUUGUAAAUUACGUGAUUGCGGCGGCUCUGGUGGGCUCUGCCAUGGAGCUGCUGCGGUUGCCAGGGUUACUGCUCUACAUCGUGCGUCUGGCAGUGGCACAUUCGGCUGCUGAGAGGAAAUACGUUAAACAGAAUCAGGCGUAUGAGUUUGAGUACGGAGCGAUGUACGGAUGGACGCUGUGUGUGUUCACGGUCAUCAUGGCGUACAGCAUCACCUGUCCUGUCAUCGUCCCCUUCGGUUUGCUGUACCUGCUGCUGAAACACCUGGUGGACAAACACAACCUGUACUUCGCUUACCUGCCCGCCCGCCUCGAUCGGCAAGUUCACCUGGGAGCUGUCAAUCAAGCACUGGCUGCACCAAUCAUAUGCCUGAUGUGGCUUUAUUUCUUCUCUGUGAUCAGAACAGGCUUCAUGACGGCUACGUCACUGUUCACUUUAGUGGUUCUGUGUGUGACCAUCUUUAUCUGUAUCAGUUACACCUGCUUCGGACACUUCAAAUACCUCAGUCCGCACAACUACAACGUUAAGGAGGUAGAUGAAGACACGGCAGAUAGAGUUGCAGAGAGCUCAUCUGCAUCGGUGUAUCUUCCCAAAGUUUUGAACCCAGAUGCAUCGUCCGAAUCUGAAGAAUGCAGCAUUCGCCAUACAUACGGCACCACAGGCACAAGCCCGCCCUUCCUCCGCACUGAGGAAGACUGUCCAGACUUGGAGAUCUAACAACAGAUAUCGCCCAGUCACAACUGCCCUUUAACCUCUGGAGGAAAUGGUUCUUGCUGAAUUAGAGGGUGGAGGUCAUUGUGGAGAUGGAGGGAGUUUACCUUUAAAAACUGGAUCUUUUGGUGAGGAAAAAAAUCACGCUUUCUAGCUUUUCUUUUUUUUUUACACCUACUGAGAGACUUGAGGAACAUUUAAUCAUAAACUGCCAUUAAACAAACCUAAAGGAGCUUUUUGGGAUCAAUUCUUCCCGCCAAAGACUUUAAACUCUUUUCUAAAUUGCCAUUCAAACGCGCUGUCCAAACAUUUCUACAAAAUCAGCUUUGCCAAUGAGCACUUGCCAAGGAGUUCAAAUAUAACUUGGAGUAUAUCAGAACACUUGUGCCUUGAUGGAAACAACUUAACACAUUUUGUUACUUUAAGUUUGUGUGUGCAUGUGUGACUGUGAGAGAGAAAGCGAGUGUCUGUGUUGUUUGUCAUUCUUAAUCAUCUGUUUUAAAGCAACGUUUUUAUACAAAUAUGUUAAUAUAUUGAUGUUGACAGAUUUGAGCUCAUAGCUCAGUGGCCUUUCAUGACCAGAUUUAUAGUUGUGUGUGAGAGAAUGAAUCAUCGCUAGGUGGCACUGUUGCUUUCUGAUCAUUCUGGUUCUUACAAGAGAGAUGUGUCAGGUUCAAUACAAGCUGAACUCAGUGUUUUGGCAUAAUGUCAACUAUUAGAGAAAAUAAUUUAGACAAAAAAAUAUGCCAAGAUUGGAUUUACAGUAAGGCUUGUUAGAAUGAAGUCAUUUGGGCUAUGCAUUAACCUAAAGACUCAAGUUUUUUGUUGUUUUUUUAACAUGAGACAACUGGAUAAAAUCGCUUGCUGACCAUGUCUGUGUAAAGUUCAACUUCAAUGUCAUGACCACACCAGUAAGAAAUGGACUGUUUACAUAGAGCAAAUUCUAAUUACAUCAGAAACUAUUAAGUAGAAACUCAUCUACCUAGAAAAGUGUUCCCACUUUAAAAAAGGCCGAACUCUAUAGAGGAGGGAUCCUCAAAUCUGGACCUCGAGAUCCACUUUCCUGCAGAGUUUGGCUCUAACCUUAAUCAAACACACCUGAGCAUGCUAACCAAUGCCAAUCAAUGUCUUUGGGAUCAUCAGAAAAUCACAGGCAGGUGACUUUGAUCAGGGUUGGAGCUAAACUCUGCAGCGCAUUGGACCUCCAGGGCAAGAUUUGAGGAAGGGGGCUAUAGAGCAAAUAGGAAACAGGGCUUCACUAAAUAAUUAAUGUAGGUGCUUUAACAAGUAGCCUACAAACAUGAUAUUUAUUCCUUUAGCAGUAAUGCAAGGGGAAGAUAUUGUGCAUAUGAAUGGAAGUUCUUGAUAUGGUUCCUGUGUUUGUGUUUUAGUUCUGUCUAUUCAUUAUAUGAGUGGAACAGAAACCGAAUUUUGGCGUCUGAUCAUUUAAAUGGCUCAACCUGUACAUUGAGUCUCAUAGUCUUAAGCCUCAGAUUUUCCUGGAAAUGGAUUAAAUGAACGUCCUCCAAACACACACUUGACACAUUUCUCCUGAAUGCGGUUUUCAGCUCAUUAAUCAGGAUAGAGGAAAAUCACCUUAUUUUAAAACCAUAAGCAGCCCAAACUCGACUGACAGGAUAAGCAUUCAAAACUGCAUGAGAACAGAAACUGAUAUAAUGUGUGUGUGUGUGUGUGUGUGUGUGUAUCAAAAGUUUAGGCUGUCAAAUGUUUUAUUGCACAAAAAUGUUAAACUUUGUAACUUUUAAGUUUUGCAACAAUUUUUCUUUGGUAUGUGUGUAUUUGAGUGUGUAAUAGGAUGGGUCUCAUACUUUAUUCGCAAUACUGUGUAGAGGUCACAUAUUUGGUGUAAACCAUAUAUACAUGAAGAUUACAUGCAUUUUUAAAGCUUUAAUUUAUUUUAUUCUGUGAGAACCAGAAAUAACAGCAUUUACAGUGUUUAUGGCCCUAAUGAUGCAAACACUCACAUGCAACUUGAGACAAAAGAUGCAUAUGAGUCAAAAAAAGCAUUUGGGUAAGUUCCAGAUCAAGUUUCACUGAAUGGUGUUUGCUGGGGGCCUCAGGGUGGCAAAACUCCCAGACCAAUGAAGCAUUCUGGUUAUAAUGUGUGUCAAGUGUUGGCAGCUGUAGUGAUUUCAGAAAAAUCUUAUUGUACCUCUGGAAACAGCUGUUGGAGGAUGAGAUGUAAAAGCAGCAUUAGGAUAGUAAAUAAACUGUUUCUUUUAUUA